CGGACUGCUGGAGGCCCGGGAGGUUGUGGAGACUACGGUGAGAGGGUCUGCGAAGCCGCGAAAGGUGAGCGGCGGAGGCUGGGGACGCGCUGUCCGCGCCGCAGAGGCUAGAACGGCGAAAGAUGGCGGAGGCGGAGAGCCUGGAGACUGCGGCAGAGCACGAGCGGAUCCUACGGGAGAUCGAGAGCACCGACACGGCCUGCAUCGGGCCCACGCUCAGGUCUGUUUAUGAUGGUGAGGAACAUGGACGGUUCAUGGAGAAGCUGGAAACUCGCAUCCGCAACCAUGAUCGAGAAAUUGAGAAGAUGUGCAACUUUCAUUACCAGGGCUUUGUGGACUCCAUUACUGAAUUGUUGAAAGUGAGAGGAGAAGCCCAAAAACUCAAAAACCAAGUGACGGACACUAAUAGAAAACUGCAGCAUGAGGGAAAGGAACUGGUAAUAGCAAUGGAAGAGCUGAAGCAGUGCCGGCUACAACAGAGAAAUAUUUCUGCCACUGUCGAUAAAUUAAUGUUGUGUCUUCCAGUCCUAGAGAUGUAUAGCAAACUGAGGGACCAGAUGAAAACUAAAAGGCAUUACCCUGCACUGAAAACUUUGGAACAUCUGGAGCAUACCUAUCUGCCUCAAGUAAGCCACUAUCGGUUCUGCAAGGUGAUGGUGGACAACAUCCCCAAACUUCGGGAGGAGAUCAAGGAGGUUUCUAUGUCUGAUCUUAAGGACUUUUUGGAGAGCAUCCGAAAGCAUUCAGAUAAAAUUGGGGAGACUGCUAUGAAGCAGGCUCAACAGCAAAGAAACCUGGAUAACAUUGUCUUGCAACAACCCAGAAUAGGCAGCAAAAGAAAAUGCAAGAAAGAUGCAUAUAUAGUCUUUGAUGCAGAGAUGGAAAGCACAAGCCCAAAGUCUGAGCAGGAUUCAGGAAUCCUGGAUGUUGAAGAUGAGGAGGAUGAUGAAGAGGUACCUGGGGCCCAAGAUCUCGUGGACUUUUCUCCUGUGUACCGGUGUCUACACAUAUACUCUGUCCUGGGUGCCCGGGAAACAUUUGAGAAUUACUAUCGAAAACAGAGGCGUAAACAGGCUCGCUUGGUACUACAACCACCAUCUAACAUGCAUGAAACUUUAGAUGGCUACAGGAAGUAUUUUAAUCAAAUUGUAGGCUUCUUUGUGGUUGAAGAUCACAUUUUACAUACAACCCAGGGCUUAGUAAAUAGAGCCUAUAUUGAUGAACUAUGGGAAAUGGCACUUUCAAAAACCAUUGCAGCACUCCGUACCCACUCGUCUUACUGUUCUGAUCCAAACCUUGUGCUAGACUUGAAGAACCUCAUUGUGCUUUUUGCUGAUACCCUUCAGGUGUAUGGGUUUCCUGUCAACCAGCUGUUUGACAUGCUGUUAGAAAUCAGAGACCAGUAUAGUGAGACUCUGCUGAAGAAGUGGGCAGGCAUUUUCAGAAACAUACUUGAUUCUGACAACUAUAGUCCCAUACCUGUAACAAGUGAAGAAAUAUAUAAAAAGCUUGUAGGACAAUUCCCAUUUCAAGAUACAGAGCUUGAAAAGCAACCAUUCCCAAAAAAGUUUCCUUUCUCUGAAUUUGUGCCAAAAGUUUAUAACCAAAUUAAAGAAUUUAUCUACGCUUGCCUGAAGUUUUCAGAAGACCUUCAUCUAAGUUCCACUGAAGUUGAUGACAUGAUUCGUAAAUCUACAAAUCUUCUACUGACCAGGACUCUAAGCAAUUCUCUACAAAAUGUUAUCAAAAGAAAAAAUAUUGGCCUUACUGAGCUUGUUCAGAUUAUCAUCAACACCACACACUUGGAGAAGUCCUGUAAAUACCUGGAGGAAUUCAUCACCAACAUCACUAAUGUGCUUCCUGAGACAGUCCAUACCACGAAGCUCUAUGGCACCACAACCUUUAAGGAUGCUAGGCAUGCAGCUGAAGAAGAGAUUUAUACCAACUUAAAUCAGAAGAUUGAUCAAUUUCUACAGCUGGCAGACUAUGACUGGAUGACAGGAGAUUUAGACAACAAAGCCAGCGAUUACCUAGUCGAUCUCAUCGCCUUCCUUCGGAGCACAUUUGCUGUAUUCACGCACCUUCCUGGUAAGGUUGCCCAGACCGCUUGCAUGUCCGCUUGUAAGCAUUUAGCCACAUCACUGAUGCAACUGUUGCUGGAAGCUGAAGUAAGGCAGCUCACAUUGGGAGCAUUACAGCAGUUCAACCUGGAUGUCAGAGAAUGUGAACAGUUUGCCAGAUCCGGCCCGGUGCCUGGGUUCCAGGAGGACACGCUGCAGUUGGCCUUCAUCGACUUGAGACAACUUUUGGACCUCUUCAUUCAAUGGGAUUGGUCUACAUACCUGGCUGACUAUGGGCAGCCCAACUGCAAGUACCUCCGUGUGAACCCAGUGACAGCUCUGACCCUGCUAGAGAAGAUAUCUAGAGAGAUGAAAGAUACUAGCCGCAAGAACAACAUGUUUGCACAGUUUCGGAAAAAUGAGCGAGACAAACAGAAACUGAUUGACACUGUGGCCAAGCAGCUCCGAGGACUCAUCAGCAGCCACCACUCCUGAAUGCCAGUCUCGGCUGCCACGUCCGUGGUCUAGGAUGUCGCCCAAGCUGGCCCUGCACUUGUGCAUCUUUCCUCAAAGAGAGCAUAUGUAUUUUUUUAUUAAUCCCUGUAUAGUAUUCACAUAGUUUUCCCUAUCACAAGAGAGGCACAAGAAUAAGCAAGGACAGGAGAUGCAACUCAGUGGGGUUCAGGAGAAGUCCCUGCUGCACUGCCAUGUUAUCCUAGGAAGGUGGCAUCAUCAGUCCAGUAUAGGGAGCUGUCUCAACCAUUGUCCAAAGCUUAGGCUAGCGCCCAGGAACUUCAUGAGCUAAGCAGGUGCCUGGCCCUGGGAGGUCAGGUGAGGUGAGAUAGUGAAAGGAGAAUAAAGGGUGCCCUGAUGUUUCUUGACACAAGGAAAUGUGCCAACUCAAUAUGCUAAAGCCAUGCUCAAUUCAGGGUGCCCUUCUCUGCUGCCUGACUCAAAUCAAGCGAGUGAACAAGCAUGGCAUGUGGCAAGAUGGCUACGUUGUUUUUGUCUAGGUCUGACCUGGGCCUAUGGCUUGGGGCAGAGUAGAGCCAUUCCCCAUGGAGGGGGGAAAGUUGGGUUUUUCUAGGUAUUAAAAGCCAGUUUGAGGCAAGAUCCCAGCUCCUGUCUCUCUAUCUCUGUCCCUUCUUCAUGGUCAGAGCACUUGACACCUGGCCUUGGGAAGUGAGGUGAGGUAGUAAAGGGACACUAAUAGGUGCUAAUGGGAGUCUCAGACUUGCCUCAAGACUUCAUUGAGGUUGGCCAUAUCUUAGAAGCCUGAAAAUAGCCCUUACUGUAACAUUUGCUAAAACUUGAGGAUUUCUUGGGAUUACUCAUACAUGUUUUAAAAGCAACCUUAUGACCACUGUCUUUAAAGGAAAUGUCACCAGGGCACAGCCAUGACUGGAGCUACCUCCACUGUAAAGUGCACAGGGCUAUGGCCAGCAGUUUGUUGUCUCUGGCCUAACUGUCAUUUGCUGAGUUAUUUCAAGGAUAGAAAAUUUUUCUUGCUCAAAGCCAAGACUUCCAUUCUCUUCUGAGUCUCUUUUGGCCUAAUGAUUGCCUGCUAUUCUGUCCCCCACCUCUGGAGCACGAGUCAGCUUAGCUUGGAGCUAUGUUCCAGAUGGACUCCUGAGGCUUGGUAUGAGGGCUUUGCUGGGUGGUCAGUCAGAGGAACCUACAUACUUCAGGAAGCUGUUGGUAAGAAUAUAAUUGUGCAUUAUUGAAUGCUGAGCAGCUACAUGGGUGUUUGCAGCUUUGAUUAGCAGGAGGAAAGAAUUGUCAGCCAGAAUUAUUCACUACCUUCCUCAAGUGCUGACUGCUUGCAGGGAAAGCAGUUCUUCUGUCUCCAUCUCCCACCUUGGUCUCCAUCCCAGCUAGAGCAGCCCCGCAGUUCAGAGACCAGGCCCCUGAGUUCCACAGAGUCUUGUUGUGGCUCAUCUUGAGGGGCAGCUGGCUAGGAAAAGGGCCAUGAGCUAAUGCUGCCACACAAGUUGGCAUCUCCAAGUCCUGGGUUUCAGAAGAGUGAGAAAUAAUUUCACUAUCUGAAGCCCCACUAUUUGAGAAGGAGCCAGAAUCCUUUGUUGCUAGUGCUCCAUGUGCAAGACCUCAUCAGCCUUCAGUGCUAAGAUUUUCAGUGGAGAGACUCUUGGGAUGUCAUAGUUUGUCCUUCAAAGAGUCCUGUUGCUACCCUGCUACCCACUCAGUGCCUCAGAAGAACUGCUAUAGGACAGGGCUCCUCUACUUUCAGUACACAGUUCUGCUAAAGGCAAAGCUUGCGCAAGCUCAGGACACAUAAAGAUGGCCACACCGACAUACGUCCUCUUGGCUGUUAGUCUGUCUGUAUUCUUCCCUAACAGUACACUGCUUCUGAGUUAUGUGCAGAGCCCCUCUUGAUGAGCCAGAAAGGCAAAAAUAGGGAGCAGUGAUGUCAAAGUUGUUUCCAACCAGUGACAUGGGAAUUGUUUUUUUUUUUUUUUUUGUCCAUGGUCCUAUAGCUCAGCUAGCCCCUGAGGUCUUGAGCACAGAAUGUAUGCAUGUUUAGGGUCCUCAGUCUCCUUAGAUCCAGCCUCAAAUGCUAACAGACCAGGAGGUGCCCUGGAGCUGCCUUCUAGUUACCAUGAACUUUUGGCCUAAUUCUGGGAGCACCAGAUCCACAUUUCUGUAAAGUAUCUGGUGUGGGGCCCUUGAGUGUUAGGCAGCUGGCUCCAUUUUGCUGUUCAUGAAGAAAUCACUUUUAGUAGACAAGGUGAUGCUGAUAAGCAUGGGGAAGAGUUUGAACUGCUCAUAGAACUCUGCAGAACCCCUGUUGGCAGAAGAAGUAUCCCCAGAGAAUCAGUCACAUACCAGGCCUGAUGGUCCUCCAAUACUCCAAGUCAUCUAGCUUCCCUCCACCUAGCUCAGUACAUCCCAGGCCCAGGGUGGCACUGAAGUGGCCACCAAAAUCUUCUUCCUCAAACCUCUGAACACAGGUUCUGGGGCCUGCUUCCAAAAGCAUCCCAUCUCCCGGGCCACCUUCUGAAUACUUCCAGUGCCUCUCUAUCUCUUCUCUUCUCUCUCUCUCUCUCUAGCUCUCAUUCUCUCUCCUUCUUUUUCUCCUCCUCGCUCUCCUUCUUCCCUCUCCCCUUCCUUUCUUCUCUUUUCUUUGUCUGCAUUUGGCAUCGGUAAUUACUUUUCACUAAUGUGUUGGAAAUGGCUGUUUUAUUUUGCACAGCUAGUUACACAGUUACGGGGAAAUGUAGUGAAGUCUCCACUUGUGAAAGGAAGCCUUUCCUGUGCAGUCACUGGAAAAGCUGCCGCUGCAGAUGGCCCCAUGGUGGGGACUCCCCGGUGGAGCAAGCAUGUGUAUUCUCUCAUACAUAGCCCUCUUUUAACUGGUUAUUAAACAACAGCCUACAUACUGGUUUCCAAAACCAA